AUGGGGGCAAUGGACCUAAACUUUUCACAGAAGGUUGUUAUUAUCAGUAACGACCAUGGUGGUAAUGACCAUGGGGGUAACGACCAUGGUGGUAACGACCAUGGUAGUAACGACUAUGGUGGUAACGACCAUGGUGGUAACGACCAUGGUGGUAACGACUAUGGUGGUAACGACUAUGGUGGUAACGACCAUGGUGGUAACGACUAUGGUAGUAACGACCAUGGUGGUAAUGACCAUGGGGGUAACGACCAUGGUGGUAACGACCAUGGUAGUAACGACUAUGGUGGUAACGACCAUGGUGGUAACGACUAUGGUGGUAACGACUAUGGUGGUAACGACCAUGGUGGUAACGACUAUGGUGGUAACGACUAUGGUGGUAACAACUAUGGUGGUAACGACCAUAGUGGUAACGACCAUGGUGGUAACGUCUAUGGUGGUAACGACCAUGGGGGUAACGACCAUGGUGGUAACGACCAUGGUGGUAACGACUAUGGUGGUAACGACCAUGGUGGUAACGACCAUGGUGGUAACGACUAUGGUGGUAACGACCAUGGGGGUAACGACCAUGGUGGUAACGACCAUGGUGGUAACGACUAUGGUGGUAACGACCAUGGGGGUAACGACCAUGGUGGUAACGACCAUGGUGGUAACGAUCAUGGUGGUAACGAUGGUAACGACUAUGGUGGUAACGACCAUGGUGGUAACGACUAUGGUGGGAACGACUAUAGUGGUAACGAUAACUAA